AUGCCGGGAAGUUAUGCAGAGUAUAUUGAGGGCUUCCAUGCUCCCCGAGCAGGAAUAAUUGGACCACCUGGGCCACCUGGUCCUCCAGGACUUCCUGGACCGAAAGGAAAGAAGGGCGAACUGGGGUACCCGGGACCCCGAGGCGAACCCGGUCCGCCAGGACCCCUUGGCGAAAAAGGCCUACAGGGAGAGGAUGGUCCAAAGGGUGCUCGCGUAAGGACAUUUAUUCUCUCAGAAAAUGAACCAAAGGAACUAGUUUCAAUUAUCCACAUUAUACUAAUGCAAGAAUCCUUUGAUGUAGAGCUAUGCGAAGAUAAGUCCUGA